AUGGAAAGAAUUCAAAUGAAUGAUAUAGGGAUCAAUUUUACACAACUUGGAGAUAUUGAUGAGGAUCCAACAUAUUACAUUGACUUUAGUGAUAAGAAUGAAUAUGACAUGUCUCAUGAAAUGGAAGAGCACAUACAUAAUGACUUAAUUAAUAGUAUGUCAAAUGACAUUCCAUUGACACUGACAAAGAAUAUUGAUAUUUCAAUUGAGGUUGGAAUGAAAUUUUCUGAAAGGAAAGAUCGCAACAAAAACAUCAAUGCAUUCUUUGAUGAUUUUGUUACAUUUGGCACAACCUUGAAAGAAUUUGUGGAGAAAUACAACCAAGCAGUAGAUGCUCGCUACGAGUCAUUGAAAAAGGAAAAUUUUGAAUCCAUGCCCAAAGAAAAGCACUUGCAAUUCAAUAUGUUAUUGGAGGAGCAUGCAACAAGAGUGUAUACACGUGCAAUUUAUGUAAAGUUUGUUAAUGAGCUAUCUCAUAUCCUAAGUUUCUUUAAGGAGAAACUUAAAAUUGAUGGUGAAUGGGUUACCUAUCGAGUUUUUAAUAAGAGAGAUAUAAAAGAUUUAGCAAUAAUUGAGAUAAAGUUGGAAAGUAGAGAAGCUAGGUAUUCGUGUCUUUAUUUUGAGUUCAUAAGAAUCUUAUGUCGGCAUGUUCUUGCUUUUUUUGUUGAAAAUGUUGAGCAGAUACCUGAAUACUUUAUUUUGAGACAUUGGCGCAAGGAAAGAAAUGAUAUGCUAAGUACAGGCAGAGAAAUGUGUUUUCUUAAUAGAGAUGGAUUGGUUCACAACCUUCACCUAAGCUCUAAAUGUUAUAGACUUAUUGAACUUGCACAAAGGUCAGAUGAAACAUUUAAAUUUAUUUCUGAUGGUCUUGAUUCUCUUGCUACAUCUGCUGAAAAGUUUCCAACAUAUGGGGAGAGUAAUCCUCUUGGGGAUACUGACGUUUAG